AUGUCGGACAACGAGACUGACACCAGGAUAGCGGUGCCUAAGUUCUCAUCGUUCAAAGGUAAGAAACCAGCCGAGACUACGAAAUCCGACGAGAGCCGGUCAAAGGAUAGGGAAAAGAGCUCUUCGAGAGAUGCGCACCGAGAAAAGCGGCACCGUUCCCGUCACCAUGAAUCUCGUCGGAGACAUGAGCAACAAUCACGACGAAGAGAUAGGCCAUCUGAGCCCCAACAUGAGCCAAAGUCAUUACCUGAAAGAGGCACAUCUUCCUCUUUCGUCAUUGAUACCAAAGGUGAUCGAUUGAUAUCUAAAUAUGGGCUGGAUCGCGCCAAAGUCCCGGCAUAUUAUCGACAUGGGGGUGGUAGGGUACUUGGUACGAUUGGAAGACUUGUUAUUCAUCGCGAUGGUCCGCGAGAUCAAUUCAGUUUGCGGUUUCCUGGUGAAGGACUAGGCUUUUUCGAUAAGGAUGGCUUACGAUCCAAGACUUUUCGCCCUACACGGGACCCGAUUAGACUGCGCGCAAGGGCGUCAGGGGUAGAUGAGGACGAGACAUUCUUGGCGGUUAGCAGUUCGAGAAAAAGAAAGCGGGAUCAGGAAGGUUCGGACUCUGAUGACGACGAAGGGCCGUCGUAUAGGUCUAUCGAGGGUAAAGCCAAGCCCAAGACGGCGUUCGAGAGUGAUGACGAGAGCUCAGAGGGAGAGGAUGAAGUGGUGAACUUGGAGCAAGAUAACCCGCUUAAGUGGAAAUCCAUUCAACUGAAUAGACAGGUGAAAGAGAAUCCAGGAGAUAUUGAUGCCUGGUUGGAACUGGUCGAUCACCAGGAUGACUUGCAACGAGCCGGCGAGACGAUUGAUGAGCGAACAAAGACAAACACAGCGCAUAGCUUCUCCGAAAUCAAGGUCGACAUGCUUGAGUCGGCGAUUUCCAAUGCAGUUGUUGCAGAGGAUAGAGCAACGGUUCUUGUUCGACUGAUGCGCGAAGGCACCAAGGUGUGGCCCAGUAAGGUCGCUGUGAAGAAAUGGUCUGAGGUUGAGAAAGAAGAGGGGAACAACUUUGAACUGUGGAGGACACACCUAGACUUUGCAAUGUCUAACAUCUCAAUGUUUCAGUACGAUGACGUGAAGCAGAUGCUUCUCAAUAGGUUGCACUCGCUGCUGUCGCGGUCUACUACGGAGACAGAGGAGCAUUGGCAGGAGGCUAUUUAUGUGUUUUUGCGAACGACGAGAUUUAUGCAUGACUCUGGGUACAAGGAACUGGCUGUAUCAGCGUGGCAAGCCCUACUGGAGUUGAAUCUCUUCAGAGCCAACGUUGAAAGUCAUGAAACGGCAAUGGACUCAUUCCGUGAUUUCUGGGAGAGCGAAGUAUCACGGCUGGGAGAUGACGGUGCCAAAGGCUGGAAACACUACGUUUCAAGCAGUGGACAAACAGAAGCUCCAGAGCCAAGGACAGGAGACCUGAUGCCAGACAUUUCAACAAGAGAUGCGUAUAAAGCAUGGGGAUAUUCUGAGCGGAGCCAUGCCAAUACAGCUAAAAUGCCAGCCAGGACCAUGGACGAUGGUACUGAAGAUGACCCGUUUCGAGUCGUCAUGUUUUCAGACAUUGAGCCAUGUUUAUUCCUUGUACCGGAUGCCUUGUUAAAAGGCAGAGCCAGAGACCUCCUCCUCGAUGCAUUUCUCGUAUUCUGUGGAUUACCGCCGGCUUAUCGAUCGACUCAUCUUGCGGAAAUAGCCUUCAAUGAUCAAUUUACCUUUAGACCUGAAGUUACCGCCAAUGGGAUGCCUGCAUUAUUGGCUUCGGACGCUGAUGAGGUGCAGCGCAGACCUCCAGCUUUCUCCUGCUUCCUCAACGCAGCAAUGUCUCCUGAUCUACUAUUUGGUGGACCAGACUGGUUCCAAUUGUUCGGCUCUGUCAUGCGAAUUCUUCCCGUGGAAGCAACCUUUGUAGGCAAUGUGCUUAGGCAGUUGGUUCAUGACGCGAAUGUGGAGGGCCUUGCCAUCUACUACCUUGGCUUUGGGUUUGCGCAAGACCCAUCACUAGUGAAAAAACCUGCCAAGGCUCUCUUGAAGAAGUAUCCUAAUAACUCACAACUUUACAACGCCUACGCCCUUGCCGAAUUUGCCAACCGGAAUGCCGACGUUGGAAAAAAAGUGAUAUUUUCCGCAUUGGAAGCUCCGUCGCUGUCUGCAGGUGCUCUGGGCUUCCAGCUAUGCAGGUCACUAAGUUUAGAGGAGUUUAAAGUGGGAAACAAGACAACAGCCAUUCUGCGACUGUGCUUUGCUGUUGACAAAAUUCUUCACCAAACAAAUACGAAUACCGAGGGGAUCUCACCAACGUUGAUUCUCAAAACUAGACAGAAAAUUACUGAAGACAUUCACCAAUGUCUGUACCAUGGAGAAAUCGUCGAUGCGGCGGUGUAUGUUGAAGGGCUACUUUUACUGUCGUAUUUGACAGAGACAGGAAAUGUUGAACCGACCUCAGAAACUCAGGGAAACAUAGCCGCAGCAAUGUACACCAUGGCGAGCAUGUCUACGGAAUUUAAGUCCCACGGCUAUGCGGACAGCGAUUCACACCAGCGCAUUCUCCAAUUCGGCGCGCAGUUGUUGUAUUUGCAUGCAACUCGAGGUCCUUUUCGAAGAGUCUAUCUACGAGAACAGCUCUCAAAGUUCCUAGAGUGGUUCCCUCAGAACACCAUCUUCCUCUCGCUCAUAGAAUGGGCAGACUCCAGUCUACGAGUGGUCGACGAAACCCGCCAACUACUCUACGACAAGAUCCUCACAAAACAACACGACUGUGUUACCAGUCGAAUCUUUUCCAUCGAACAUGAAAUGAAUCGUGGAAAUGCAAACACCACAAAGGCUGCCUUUGAGCAUGCCCUUGCGAUUGACAUCUGCAAGAACAAUGUGGGAUUGUGGAUGUCUUACCUGCGUUUUGUUUGUGGGCACAAAGGACUAAGACCCAAAGCAAAGGAUUUGUUUUACAGAGCGCUCAGGCAUUGUCCUUGGUCGAAGGAGAUUAUGAUGGAGGCGUUUCAUACUCUGAUUCGGGAUAUGAAGUCUGAUGAGCUGCGAUCUGUGUACAAUACUAUAACGGGGAAGGGGCUGCGCGUUCAUUUGGACUUGGAGGAGUUUGUGGACAAGUGGCGGAAACGUAAGAAGUGA